GUAGGCACUGCACGCAGCCUUGAGUGGACGAAUUCAUAACAAACAACAUUCAAUCUUAGUCAAUAAAGAAAAUAUAAUAAACAGAAGAUUAUCCCGGGCUUCUUUCCAUCUGUCCUUCUGUCUUUUACACCAGGAGCUACAGGUGCUGUCCAAGGAACCCUGUAUUGUAAAUGGAGUCCAGCGAUGCAGAAAACCCGCUGCUGUCUGAAAGCUUUAACACCGGAGCUUCUCCGGAAUUCCACUCUCCCAUAGAGUAUGACAGUGGGGUAGCUACAGAUGAUGGAGGGCGAGAGACUGAGAGGGAGGUUUCAUUUUCUGGCAGCGAAAGGGGAGCUGGUGGAAGUCCAGCACCUCCACAGUCGGAAUCCAGGUCACAAAUCCAAACACACGUGACAGAGAGUUCCAUACAAACAAUGCAUGAACCAUCCGGCCCAUGUCAUAUUGUUACUUGUACAGUGUCUUUUGCAAUAGCAAUUCCUAAAGAGCAAGAAGAGCAGAGCAGUGAAAACAAUGCAGUAAAACAAGGGAAAAUAAAGGAAAAUAAAUCCAGUAACACAGCUGAAGCUCCCAAAGCUCAGAGUUACUACCACAUGGAAUACUUACUUCUCCCAGAUGACCCCGAGCCAAUGAAAGUGGACAUAGUGAUGUAUGGCAUGGCUGCAAAGAUUUUCACAGAGAAUGAAACUAAGGUUGUAAAGCCAUGGCAUGAAGGAAACCAGACAUGGCUUUCCUGGAGCCAGUCAAUGGAGAUUAAAGUCAAUAAAGAAUUACUGAUCAAACUUACCUCUCACAAAAUAGACUUCAAGAUAUGGGACACUAAAGACAGAUUGUCUGCAAAGGCCAGGUGUGACAAACCCAAAGCCUUCAGACUACCACAGGGAACAAAUGGAGAGGACCCUGAGAACGUGGGUGGUGUAAAACAAAUGAUAAUGAAACACAGAAAACUAUUUCGUAAGAGUCAGCCAAAGCCAAGCUUCACUGGCAAAAAAGAUAACAGCUUUACAGAGGAUAGGAAAGAGUCAGAGUUCAGGUUUGAGACAGGAGAAAUUGGCAUUGCCUCUUCCCUUACUGGUAUGCAGACUGCUUUAUCUGUCGCUUCAGAUGCAGACGACAAUUCACCACAGAGUUUUUUGUGUGAGCAAGAAGCAGCUGUGCUUGAUACCAGGACUGCUAAACUCAAAGCAAGCCCAAAACGGACUGUAUCUACUACAAGGACUGCAGCACAGAAAAAGGCCCUUAUCGAUCUAUCGCCUAACUCAAUAAAGAAAAACAGCAAGAUGGUGCUCAUUUCAGGUACUUCAGGUACAGUUCCAGUUAAAGAAAAGGUACCAGUUUCAGGCAGAAACAAGUAUUUGCGCAGAGGAGCACAAGCAGCAUUGUCAAUGACAGGACUGAUGAAGAAGAAUGGCAGUGCAUCAGUGCAGCUGGACCCAGUUCAUCUGCUGGCACCCCAGUUUAAUGAUGCUCAUGUAGAGGCUGGUCCUGGCUGCAAGACUUUUAUGUUUGCUUUGGGGGGAAAUAAAUCAGUGACAGAUUGCCUGUAUAGUUUAUCUCCUGCAAUCGUGGGUGGCUUUUGUACUGUUUCUAUUGAACAGCCUCUCAUUUCGGAGGAACUGAAACAAGAAUUGAACCCUCUUGUUAUCAAGAUAGAGUCUUGCACAUGUUUGCCAACACGCCCUGUUCCUAUUCAGGAACUAAAGGUGAAAUGUGCUCCAGUGUAUUGCAGAUAUCAAUUUUAUAAUCUGACUGACCACCGGACUGCAAGCCGUGAACAUGGGACACACGUGUACUUCAAGGAUGUCAAUGUUAUUUUUACAGGCCUGCUGGGAAAGGGAGAAUUCCGAGAGUACCUUAGCGGAACUCCCAUUGAGAUCGAGAUUCACGAUAGGGACAGGAAGAUGGAAAAAACAAGUAAAAAGUCAGCCUUGUUCGGUACUGAGCCCCAAGAUGCAAAAAUAAGCAACGUGGGCCUUGUGAGUAGCCAGCGCACUACCCACAAUCCAUUUACAGACAAGGAUAAAUUGUACAAUCCGUACGGCGUUGCAAAGUUAGACCUGUCUGACCUAUUACAUGGGGAAAAGCGUUUGAAACUGGCACUGCUGAUUCACGCUUCACCACUUCCAGAUCCUGCAGGCAUCCGUGGCAUGGGAGGGUCUGGGAGGAUUGUGGGGUAUCCAGGUUCUGUAGAUGGUCCACAGGACUCUUCUUUGCCGGCGGGACACUACUUGGAAUCAUCAUCUCAGCUCAAAGUAACUGUUGAAAUAGCUUGCCCACUACCUCAGAAGUCGGAGGUGAUUAAAGGUCAGAUGUCAGAUUGUCCAUUUGGCCGUAUCAUUUGUAUCUUUGAUAGUCUAAACAGCUUUGCCCUCAAAAGGCUAAAUUCAGAGAUAUGCAGGAUCAAUGCUGCAGCGCUUCAGCUGGACUCCUAUCCUGAGCACUUGCUUGAAUCUGCUUUUUAUUCCUAUAAGCUGAAACCCCAGCAAAGGGAAAGCACUGAACUAGAUAUCGUCACAGGUUUUCACAUUCAGGAUGAUGAAAUUCACCUUUUUGUGCUCGAGGGGCUGAAGGAUAAAGCAAUUCAAAGCCUGUGGGAGAAUAUACCAAGGUGUGACAGCACUGGGGAAAGAAUGUUGAAAGUUCUUUAUAACUCUGAUCUGUGCUUCCAUCAGCGCCUGUACGCUAGCCUGGAUCUCAACCUCUGCCGUGUCCAUCUCCACAAACCUCUCUCUGAUAUAAUGAAACAGCCUCUGGUCUAUGUCAGGGAUAUGGUACCACAGGCAUGUUUCCAAGCUUUGUCAAAAUUGGAUUUGAUUUGCAAGUUAAAAAAGCUUAAAGAUGUGACACAUUACAAUCUGUUCCCAUCAUCUGAGAUGAUUCUGAGCAUGAGCCAAGAGUUUGGUAUUCCACUAAGAAAAGCAAGUUUGGAUAUGAUGAAUGACUUCAAACUAACGUCAAACCAGUCCACUGUAGAAUUGUCACCUCCGGACUUCAAGUCAACCACUCAACUCAGCCCAUUAGAUAAUUAUAAUGAAAAGUAUGUGGAAUGGAAACAGAAUAUUAAUAUAAUGCUUGAGGCAGGGCUCGGCAAAGAUUUCAUUCAGGAUAAUAUCCAUCGUGUGCAUCAAGCUAGCAGGAAGUUGCAAAGAUCAAAGCCUGAUACAAUUGUAGCUGUUCCUGCUCCCGACAAGGAGGUCCACAACUACAGCUGCCAGACAAUGAACUCCACCGAGCAGGCAAAAGAGCUGCUGCGGAGAGAGAUGGCAAAGGAGCCAUCAAGGAGGUUCACAUACUGCCAGGAGUACCAAUCAGCCACAGUGAGUCCCGUAAAUUUCGAGCAUGAAGUGAAAGAGGCUGCUGCCAAAUCAAAGGCUGCCUGGCGUACUUGGAAUGGCUUCACAUACCCAGGAUUCAAGAGCAGCAUUGAGUGUAACGAGCAUGAGAAACGACCUUCUGAAGCACGUGCAGAGGAGCUGAAAAAGCCUUGGGAGGAAAACAUCCUGCAUGUCAACACUUGUGCACCCACCUUGCUCCGGGACAGAUGGGAGUGGAGCAAACGGCAUGUUGAUGUAGAGCUGUACAAGAAGCCCCCUCUCUUCUUUGGUACCAAACAUCCAAUCACAAUAUACUUGGCAGGAGAUACUUUGCAGGAUGAGCAGCUUGCAUAUGCCCGGAAACAAUACAUCAAUUGGCUGAACAAAGUCAUAACUGAUGGUAGUAUGAAAUUCUACAGGCGUUCUGCAGAGUCUGAGCUACGCACGAAUGGAGCAAAACUGGACAGGCUGCAAGGAAUGCUGAAGGAUAUGCCAAAGAAGCACUCCCUCAGGAAUCCGGGAAUGGUCCUGAAGCCCAUUCCUGCGUUGUCAGUGAUUCAGCGUCCAUAUGGCUCCGAAUCAGCUGGUCCUGUGGCGCCUACCUUUGGGUUUACUCCAGGUUUACACGAUCAGCACAGCCUGAACUGGGAAGCCAAUAUAGUCCCUCGCUACAAUAUGGAACACAAGAAAUUCCAACGUCUCAAAGGAGCAGAUUUCAUAGCCUACUGCAACAAGCACCAAUAUCUCUAUAAGCGUGCAGCUCAACCGCUCACUGAAGAGGAGAGGAAGACAACCCUGUUUCAACAGGACAAACCUCCAACUGACACAGCUGCUGUGAGACCCCAGCCAAUGGAAAACAAGAUAGAGGCAAGAAACAACAACACAGUUUCAAGGCAUAUUGUCUAGGUUAAUCAGAGUUUUAUUCAAGGGUACAAAUACACAUGCUAUUUUGCACAAAGAAAUUUGCUUUUGUAUUUAUACAUUUCAAAAAGUGUUAAAGAUGCAUUUCUUGCAAACACAGCUGUUUGUUCUGCAAUGUCAAAUAACCAAAUACUUCAAACAGAUUAGUGUGUGUGUGAUAUAUAUAAAUAAAAGCUGUAUUCUAACGAUUAAUUAAACCUUACAAUGAAAACACUGUAUUUACCCAUAAAAUAGGCAUGUCUUCUCUGAUUGAGGGUUACACGGAAGUAGUAUCAGAAUAUUAAUAAAACAGCAAUGGCAUUAUAAAUUAACCAAAUCAAAAUCACUGUAGUAACUGAGAUACAG